AAGCCUUGAAGUCUGCCCAACGAUCGUGGGCAGAAGGCGGGCCUGGUUUGUUGGGGUGUGUGUGUGAGUGUAUAUGUGUGUGUGUCUGGUGGUACUGAGGGGUCCGUGGGGGAGAAGCACAACCGGCCAUGGCAGCGGCGGAGGAAGAGGAUGGGGGCCCCGAAGGGCCAAACCGCGAGCGGGGCGGGGCGGGCGCGACCUUCGAAUGUAAUAUAUGUCUGGAGACCGCUCGCGAAGCUGUGGUCAGCGUGUGUGGCCACCUGUAUUGUUGGCCCUGUCUUCAUCAGUGGCUGGAGACACGGCCAGACAGGCAAGAGUGUCCUGUGUGUAAAGCUGGCAUCAGCAGGGAGAAGGUUGUCCCUCUUUAUGGGCGAGGGAGCCAGAAGCCCCAGGAUCCCAGAUUGAAAACUCCACCCCGCCCUCAGGGCCAGCGACCAGCUCCAGAGAGCAGAGGGGGAUUCCAGCCAUUCGGUGACACCGGGGGCUUUCACUUCUCAUUUGGUGUUGGUGCUUUUCCAUUUGGCUUUUUCACCACCGUGUUCAAUGCCCACGAGCCUUUCCGAAGGGGUGCAGGUGUGGAUCUGGGACAGGGUCACCCAGUCUCCAGCUGGCAAGAUUCCCUCUUCCUGUUUCUCGCCAUCUUCUUCUUUUUCUGGCUGCUCAGUAUUUGAGCUAUGUCUCCCCCUGCCCACCUCUAGCUAGAGGAGAAUCAGUAUUGGGGGUCCCUGCUGGCCCCUCCUUGCUUUUGGACCAUCCCCUCACUUCCAUGACCUAUCUUUGUUAGUUGAGGCCUCCUUCAGGAGGUUGUGGGAAGGAGUGACCAGUCUGCCUAGAAUGGGAGUGCCUGCUGCUCUGUACUGCUGGCCCGGUAGCAUAGUCAUUCCCCACCCUGAAGGACACACUAAAGUCAAGUGCCCAGUCCUCCUUUGCUCCCCCCUCCCCACAUUUCUUGAUUUGAUGUUUAAAGGUGGGCUCUCCCUGACUCUUCCACUUGUUGAUUUAAUUUAAUUUUCCUCUCCUGUCUAAUAUGAGUUCUGACUCUAAAUGUCUCCUUUCCACCCCUUGCUACCUCCUUUAUUACAAAUUCAAUUAAAAAAAAGAUGAAAUAUA